AUGCAGAAAAGCUCGCGAAAGGGGAAAAACGCAGAGUUAGGGUUGAUUUUUAAGAAGUCACAGCCUGCCGCCCAAACUGCUGCUGUUGUAGCUCCUACUGAUUCAAGAUCAGAUGUGAACUACUUUAGAUAUGGGUGGAGGAAGUUCCGUGCUUUACGGGCUGCUUUUAACAACCCUGAAAGGGCUGUUGAGUAUCUAUAUUCUGGCAUUCCUGAGCAAGCUGAAAUCCCACCAGCGGCCCAAGUUCCUGCUGGUGAACAAGCAGCAUAUCCUCCGGCAGCAAAUCUUCCAGCUCAGGCUCCACAACCGGCAGCACCUACUGGUGGGUCCAAUGCAAACCCACUUGAUCUUUUUCCCCAGGGCCUUCCCAAUAUGGGUGCAAAUGCUGGUGCAGGCAAUUUGGAUUUCCUGCGCAACAGUCCACAAUUCCAAGCCUUGCGAGCUAUGGUACAAGCAAACCCUCAAAUUCUGCAGCCUAUGCUUCAAGAGUUGGGGAAACAAAAUCCACAUCUAAUGCAGCUCAUUCAAGCUCAUCAAGCUGACUUCUUACGCUUGAUUAAUGAACCCGUUGAAGGGGGUGAAGGGAACCUAUUGGAGCAGUUGGGUGCAGCAGUGCCACAGGCUGUGACCGUCACCCCUGAAGAGCGAGAGGCCAUUGAACGCCUUGAAGCUAUGGGUUUCGAUCGGGCGCUAGUACCGGAGGUAUACUUUGCAUGCAACAAGAACGAGGAGCUGGCCUCGAUCCCCUUUUUAUGUCUUGGAUGGCAUAAGUUCUCUGUUUCUAAAUAUUGGUUACCAUAUUAUAUACAGAAUCCUUCUCUUGAAAAAAGUGGAUGAUUUCGGUUUUUAUGU